UUCUAAAGUCGUUACGUCAUGUUUCCAAGCAACCAAAUAACUUGGGUCUAAACAAAACGACUAGCACCCAAAAUGGCGGCGCUCUCGAUAUCAUCGUUGGCUUCUUUUUUCGUGGAUGAGCAAAAAUCUUUAACCAGAGGUGAAAAUCACUAUCAAUCAAACCAUAUUGAAAGCUUUUUCUAUAACGAUAGCGUGAUUCGUGGAGAGGUUCAUGCCAGCAUGAAGAAAAAGAUCUACAAAGUGACGAUUUAUUUAGAUGAGGAAAAAGCUAUCAAGUCAACGGACUGUGAGUGCCCAAGAGGGAAGUUUAAGUGUAGUCAUGCUGCUGCUCUGUUUAUUCAUGGCAUUUAUAAGCUUAGUCGAACUGAUAUUGAAUGCCAGUGGAGAAAGCGUAAAGCCACAAACGUGCCGCUGCCAUCGGUGCAAGAAAUGUUCCCGCCAGCAAAACCCGGAUAUAGGGCUCUUUCGAGAGACCCGAGUUGCGAAGAACGCAGCGACUUUUUUCAUAAAUUGAAAAAUUAUGGCAAAUUUACUGGGUUAUACUGGCUCAUGAGCCCUGAACCUGAAACCCAGUCUGGUUCAUUGCCAGUUGCCACUGUGGAUGAAGUGAUCUUCCAAGAGGAAUUUUUGCAACUGCAAGGAGCUGGAGUACAACGGCAGUAUUUCCUGGAGAGGGUCAAAGUCGACUGGAGGACAAUUGAAGAUGUAAGUCGCCUCACUUCUGGACAAAGGGAUAUGGAAGUCAGAAGCCAGAGGUAG